AUGGCUGCUCGAAAGAGGGGAAAGCAAACAAUUUUCAGGCCCGCCGCGUCUAGCAAAAAAUAUGAGAAAAAAAUUAUUAAAAAUUCGGAAAAUAGUUGAAAGUCAAGAAAAACUCAACAGAAAGGAUGUUAAGGCGUCCGGGGCCCCUGAGUCCGGGCGGUGUUGAGCACAUAAAACUGGAUAGAAUAACUGCAUCAGUACUAGUUGGGCACUGCGCCCCUGUCCAUGUAGCUGGUCUGCCUUAGAGUGCCAUGGCUACAGGAACCCAGGGCCACGGUGACCACGUCCUGGAGAAAGUCAAGCUUGCACCGCCGACGGGGAGGCGCAGGAAGGCGGAGGGGAAGCCGAAGAAGAAUUUCCCCUGCCAGGAGUGUCAGAAAGCUUUCAACAGUCUGGAGAAGCUAAAGGUGCACUCGUACUCUCACACAGGAGAAAGACCCUACUGCUGCUCCCACCCCGACUGCACCAAGGCCUUCGUCUCCAAAUACAAGCUGCUACGGCAUAUGGCAACUCACUCGCCAGAAAAAAACCACAAGUGUUCAUACUGUGAGAAAAUGUUCCACCGCAAGGAUCACUUAAAGAAUCACCUACACACGCACGACCCGUACAAGGAGGCGUUCACCUGUCAGGAGUGCGGCAAGAGCUACAACACCAAGCUGGGCUUCAAACGCCACCUCGCCCUCCACGCCGCCAACAGCGGAGACCUCACAUGCCAAGUGUGCCUGCAGCCGUUCCCCAGCACCGGGGUUCUUCUGGAACACCUCAAAACACACGCUGGCAAGUCGUCUGGCGGGACCAAAGAGAAGAAACAUCGCUGUGAGCAUUGUGAGCGGCGAUUUUACACCCGUAAAGACGUGCGACGCCACAUGGUGGUGCACACUGGACGCAAGGACUUCCUUUGUCAGUACUGCGCCCAGCGCUUUGGUAGGAAGGACCACCUGACACGUCACGUGAAAAAGAGCCACACCCGGGAGCUGCUCAGGGUAAAAACUGAGCCAGCAGAUUCGCUGGAGCCCGUUGUCUAUGACUUGGCGUCUGGGGGCAUCAAAGGCGAACUCCCAGGAAUGCUGGCGCAGAGGCCGCACCAGCUCAACAUGUACACAGGCCCCGUCCUGGACACAGAGCCCUUCCCCACCCCCACACACACUUUUUCUUUAAAAUACCCGCUGGGCUCCAACUUUACCUCAUACACCUUCUCCUCCCAGGAGCGGGAGCAGAAUCUAAAGGGAGAACUGGAGACCUAUCUGAUGGAGCUACAGAGCAGCAUGCCCUCCUCAUCCUCUGCAGCCCAAGAACCCCAACUCUCCUCCUCCAAACUUGUGCUGGAGACUCAAGUUGGCAUGCUGGAGGAAGCGAGCCAGGAGGUGUCCCUGUCCAAAAUGUCCGCACCGAUGGCAGCAGCCACCACAGGUGACACUCUGGCGUCAUCCUCCUCUCUGAUGGACUUCUCACAACUUUUCAACUUCCUGCCACUCAACGGGCCUCCAUACAACCAGGCAGGGGGGAGCGGGGGACAGGGAGUUGUCUAUCCACCCAACGAAGAGCCCACACCUCUCGUUCAGCUGCCAACCCAACCCCCCGAAGGCCCAGAGGCUACAGAGAGUCCACUUCAAGGACUCCCCUCCUCCUUCAUAUCCAACCUGAGCACACCCACCACACUGCCCCGUUUCCACCAAGCUUUUCAAUGAUCCAGUAUGUACUGCACAUGGCACACAAGCACUCUAACACACACAUACACACACACACACACACUGACACACACGACGAGCUACACAACCACACUAGCGGACACCGAAAACAAGAUGCCAGUAACACAUGUCUGAAGGUAUUUGCACGUAUGUCCAUUUAAUAUGACACGAUGAGCAGACACAUGAUGAGCAGCACUGACAGCAGCAUACACACCAAGGUUAGGUUCUAUCAGCUUUCUAAUUGCUAUGUUAUUGUGACUUUUCACCUUAUCAAGCUUUUUAUUGACAAGUUGGCAAAUCUUCACCACCACUAUUCUCCAGUGACAUGUUCACAUAGUAGCGGGAAAUGCAGAUACUUUCCAAAUUCUCCAUUUCUCACUGCGUAUUUGGAAGUUUUAUAACUUCUCAUGAUCUAAUCUCACUUCUAGGACAAAGUACUUUUCAAAGACCUGCAGGUUACCAUAUACUUAUACAUCUUUAAUCGCACCACAAGCAGUAGAAUUCACCGUGGGCUGUGAUGAGAAAGGUCAGCGCAACUCGUGCUCACAGCACCGUUCUGUGCACUGCACCACUAACAUCAGUGCCACAUACACAUUUAUAGAGCACAAACUGUUUUUAUGCAUUGAUGCAGACACGGUUGAACCGUGACAGUGAGAGCCGUGUCAUUUUAAACAUGAGUUAGCCUUUUGGGAGUUGGAGAAGGUUCACAUGGAUUAAUGUUAAUAGUAUUUUGAUUGCAGUGAUGUUUACUUUUCUUUACCUAACCCCACAUGCUAGAUGGACCUUAGGAUGCAGAUUUUGCGUUGUAUAUUGUUUUUCGUGCAGCACUUUGAACUUUGUGAUGUCGUCUGUCGUCACAGUUGACUGUUGUUUUAUGUCUGUUUUAUUUGUGGUAGGGACCAAUCUGUAGUUUUGGGAUGUUUUCGCCCAUUUACCUAUAUUUAAUACAUCAUCUGUCCCAAAUGACUGCUGACCAUUUUCCAAAACACACCAGGAGUUCCAUGCAGCUGUUGGGUUUCAUUAAUUCUAAUCUGUAUGGAAAUCAACUUACUUACAUCAGGUACUCCAUUACAGUGACCAUGUCUGCUUGUGUUUUUGUCAAUAACAUUAUUGUAUUAUACGCUCUUACAAUUAUAGUACCAUGCAAUACAGUGAUGCCACAUUGUCAGCAGUAAAAGCAGACGUAAUGUUCACUGUGCUGGAUUACUCUGUUUCAAGUCUCUGCAAGUGUAAUGUUCAGUAAGUUAGUGAAAUUACAGAAAAUCAAUGGCUUGCUGGAAUGCGGGAAAACUGUUGAAACAUCUCAAAUAUGCUAUAAAGGAUUUUUAUUUUAUUUUAAAGUUAACAUGUAUGUGAUUAGUAGUAAAUAGGCUAAAACGUGCAAAAACAUUGGUCUGGUCCUUUUGACCCAUAAAGCAGAAGUUCGUUCCCAUUGUUAUAGAGUGUUACAGUACAGUAUUACAGUUUUACAUUUCAUUUUGGUAGUUGGAAAAUUAAGAUAAAACUUUCUUAGUUAUCCCCCAAACCAAAGUCAAGCAAACACAGACAGAGCAGGCUUCUAUCUGUUACUACAAAGCAAGCACUCCAAGGAUGAAGGAAGUUAUCACUGCAAAAAAUCCUAACCACACACUUGGUAUCUUCUUCAUUUAUUUCCUGUAUGUAGUCAAGCAGUUGUACAUUCAAUAGGACUUUGACUUCUAAGAAAAUGACCUUGUUUGUGACUAGUUGACAGAAACUAAACCUUUUAGUUGUGGAUCAGAUGUGAAAGAUGCAGAAAGGUCUUUUUCAUCUGCAAGUCAAUACCUUUUUAGUGUUUGUAUGUGGUACCUUGCACUAAAAAGUUUUUUUUCAAGAAAAUGUACAAUGUGCACUACCAAUAUGCAUAAUAACAGUAAAAUUAGCAAUUUCCAGGUUAAUUGCAAAUUAAUAUAUUCCAACUACUAAUAUAAAAUAUGCCAAUUUAUACAUUGUAGAACAAUCUGAAACAUUUAACAUUAUGUGAAAUCAAAUUUAGCUGCAAUUUUGGUAAUUUAGCCAAAAAAAUAUUAAGAGGACAUAUUUUAUGAGUAACUGUGCCACACCUUGGUAGGCAUUCCAUUUUUAAAGCCUGACUCUAAAUGUCUUCCUCAAACAUAAAUCAUUUUUCAACUUGUAUAUAGGCUUGUGAGGUGUGACUUGGAAGGAAAAUGCGCUUUAUGUUUCCAUUAAAACUCAACGUGCAGGUCUCCUGGACCACGUUCAGAAAUAAUGCAAAUAUAUUUGUAAGCUCCACUAAGUUCCAAAAUACCUUAUAGUUCAGAAUCGGUUCAGCAGUUUGAUGAUGAAAAUAAAUGUCCACAGCCACAUGUUCUGGCUUCCUCUGGCAUGGCUCCACUUCACUUUAUGUUUAGAUUAAGUGGAAGUCGCCCCUUAAAACACAAAACACAUGUUAUUCCAGUAGGUUUUGACUGCUCUGCCUAAAUCUGUGAAAAUUAACUCUCUGAAAGCGAAAAACAUGAUAUAGCUGGGAUACUAGUCUGUCUACACUUACACAGUAACUGAAAUAGUGAUCGAAAUACUGACUGAAUACAAAUUAAAUAGUUGGUGAAUCAAAUGUGAAUAGAGAUUCAGUGUAAUUGCUCUUUAAUGGUAACAGCAAUGAGAAGUUCUUAUGCUGCUGGAAAAUGUUUACAUAUUCCAACAACACUGCAGUAAUACAACAUCAUAUCAUGAGCUUGGUCCAUCUUAGUUCAAUCAAUCAAAUAUGGACUAUGCACAUAUUCAUUAGAUUCCAAUGGUACUUAUUACUUACAUAUGAAGUGUUGAUAUGCAAGCUAACAACACUCAUUUCAGGGAUAUGAAUGUGUUCAUCCCAUACAGCUUUAGAUAGUAAAACAUUUUAGUGAAAUCCUUCUAAUUAUACAAUCAAAGAGUUUGCUUUGUAUGGAGCGCUGCAGAAUUUGCCUUCAUGUCUCCGUAUUCAGCUCUCAGUACUGUGGUUUCUAGCUUUUGGGGAAAGUUGAUUGCCUUCUUCAUCUUUGAUUGAAUUUUUUAAGAUGGUAGACAUGGGUCAGCGAAGAAAUCUUAGCAGGAACAGUCAACAGGAACAUUUCCCCCUCCUUUAACUGCUAAAGCUAAUUGCCGACAGACGGUAGAAGACUAUAGUGGUGCUUGGGUAUCUCCCAGAUGUAAAUGUGUAAAACUGUAUGAAUGUGAAGCAGGGCAGGGCUGGAAAUGAGCUGAGAUUCACAGCUAAACUCCCCUGGGUUAAAGAAAAAUGUAAUUGAUUCGGCUAAAACAUGCUAGAUUCAGAUCAUUAUCCAUGGUGGGUUCAAAUUAAGGGCAACUGGACCAGGUUUAAGAUACUUGAAGACAUUUCACCUCUCAUCCGAGAGGCUUUUUCAGUUCGGACUAACUGACUGAAUCCCAGCUAUUUAACCUCUGUGGGGUUGUUAUCAAGGUGGUGGAGAACGCUUGGUUCGUUAGUGCUCCUAGCUGCCAGUCAUUAUGGUCACUUCAAAUGCAGUUAAAUGUGUUUCCUUGGGAAUAGUAAAGCAUUGACCAGGGGCAAUGACAUAAACAUGUUGUCCCUGAUGACCCUAUAGUAGUAAUAUAUCAACCCAUGCAGAUCGUUUGGGUUUACUUUGCAGAGCUUUUAAGAAACAGUAUCCGCCUCUGAGACUUCUGCCUUCACUUCAGUACAAUGGAGGUGAGAGGGACACACAGCAAAAACUUUUUGCCCAGUAUCCGUUAGGAAAUGAUAUGGGAAUUGUGUCCGUAUUGGAGGACUCCACACCUCACAUUUUACACCCAGGGUCAAUGCAGGAAGCAGUGUGCCCUGGAUGUUGAGAGGCAGGAAGUAAGAGUGGGGAGGUGGAGUUAGUAGAUGAGCAUGCAGCACGUCUGACUUUUGCGCAGGAUACAGGAGGUUUUGUGCAAUCACAGACCUGUUACUGCAUUCGCCUUUUAAUUAACAUGGCCACGAUCUUUCCCUAACCUUACCCAUACCUAAGUUGCCAUGCACAGAGAUAGAAAGCAAGAAUGUUAGCAAUAGAUGUAAAAACAAAAGAGGUAAUUGAAUGUAUAAUGUGUAUCCAAGGGGGGUUAAAAUUAAGGGCAACUGAACAUGGGCAAGGUUGCUUGGAGACGUUCACCUCUCGCUAAAAGUCCAGUUGCCUUCGAUUUUAGCCACCUUGGAUGGCUAUGACCUGGAUGACUUAAUCUCCAUAGACCGUAUGUAUAAUAAGGGGUUUUGCAGAAUUGAACAAUAUCAGUUGUCUUGUCUGAUGAAAAAUGACAUGCGAAAUUUUAUUGGAUAAUCCACAAACAUCAUAGCCGUCAGUGCAAACUGCUGACAUUGUGUUCUGUGGACUCUCCUCUAUAACUGGGAACGUUUUGUUUGCUUUAAACUCCACAAACCAAAUUCUAUUUACCUCCAUUGUGCUGGUGUGGUGGUAGAAGUCUCAAAAUCUGAACAAAUUAAACCGAAACGGUCUGCAUGGAUCGAUCCAAAAACAAAACAAAGUUGGUAUACAAUCUUUUUUUCAAGGACAUGAUGUUUUGGUGUGAACACAUCUGUGCUUCUUAUCAGUUCAAUUCUAGAGGUGGUGUGUUAUAUUGGCUAUUUGCUGGAUUCAGUCAGGGCUUCCACUGCCCAAAAAACACCAAGAUGGGUGCUUCUCUGCAUUGUCCGAGGCUUUUGUUCAUUUACAGAUUAAGAGUUAUAGUCGAAGCUGUAUGUAGCAACGCUCUACCCUACUGCUAAUGAAACUGUGGGUUGGAGAAUCAGCGAGCACUAGUUGCAUUUCAUCUCAGUCAGUGCAGAUACCUCAGUGUCUCAAUCAGUCCACACAGACACAAAUGCUCUUUCCCCCCUGUAUUCUUUUAACAUGAAGUCAUGCACAGUAGCUUCACUGUGGUCAUCAGAAAAGACAGUCAUAUUCAAAUAAUACAUUGUAAGUAGAAGCUGUGCCUUUUUGUCAUGUCAUUGUAAUGCUUUAACAUAACACUGUUGGCUGUCAUUUAAAAUUAACGUGGAAAAUAGGCCUUUCCUAACAAAAAUGGCACCAAUAACGGCUGUGUUGGCCGUUAGGACCUGUCACAUAGGGCUGGGCGAUAUGGGCAAAAAUGUUAUCACAAUAAAAGUUUCAUAUCUUUCGAUAUCGAUAACGAUCACGAUAAGUAUCAAAUCGUUAUUUCUUUUGAGUUAAAGUGGCUGAUUUCUGCUCCUGAGAUUUAAUUGUGGUUUAAACUCUUCUUUGUGGUCAACACUUGAUGCCAAACAGUGGAUCACUUCACAAAUCUGAGGUAGAACAUUCAAAACAAUUAUGAUUAUAAUUACAAUUAUGAAUUUUUGUCAACAAAGUAAACAAGUAAAAGCUUUUUUCGGUCCUUUUUCCUCAACAAAAUAAACAUCAAAAUAAAAGAAUUAAGUCAUAAUUCUUGUAUGACUCAAGUGAAAAAAAGCUAAUAUUUAUUAUAUAAAAUGUUUAUUGAACAUUGUUAUAUUGUUAUUGAAAUAAAUUAUAUCGUGAUAAUUAUUGUUAUUGUUUUAAUUGUCCAGCCCUAAUGUCACAUAUAUAUUUUUAGACAUUGUUUCCCACAGAUUGACCACUUGUUACAGCAACAUCUACUAACAUCAGCACUCACUUCUAACCGAAACUAUUUCAAUGAUUCCAAAAAUCCCAAAGAUAUAUGUAGGAAUGAUGCAAAAGACAUCCAGAAAUUUUUCUUUUCACCCUGGGCAACAUUUUCCUAUUCUGGCCUGGCAGUCAACAUCUGCAUGAUCACAAUAGAUGCAACCUGCUGCUGUAAAGUAGUAAGUCACAGUAACCCCCGACCCCCCCCCCUCAGCUAUCGCUAGCUAGCGACUUUUAACUGUAGUCUAGUUUCUUAUCCAAUUAACAUUGUACUAGCAAUCACUAGCCAGCAAAGUAGGGCUGGGUAUCGACUGAAAUGUGUGUAUAGCACUGAAUACCAAAAUCUUUACUGAAAGCCAGCAUCAAAUGUCUGGUCAGAUUCAUAAUCCUGUUGACUUGUUCUAUGACCCAAAAGUUCCAGACUUAAACAAAUAAAAACAAUGCACUCCUAAAGGUGCUGGCUCGCAGGCAUACAUCAAAAAAAGGGAAAGCACACUCAUAACUCACAUUCAGCAAACUACCUUCUUCAUCCAGUUUUAGACUGUAAAUUCCUAUAAAGUUCUUGUCUGACUGUUUAUGUGUGGACAAUAUUUGACAUUUAAAUUUCAUCGUGUGACCAAGGUUCCAUACUUGUCACACAAUGACAAGUGAAUAAACUCCAUAUCAACUCUGAGCAAACUCAAAUUGCAGAUGAAGGCUGUAAGAUGCUGUUUAAAGGGCCGCACAGAUUUUGUAAGUGGAACUUUUGAGUUAUGAUUAUUUUAUCAAACUACUGUUACCAAGGUCUGAACUUUCAUUCUCAACAUUGGAGUACUGUUGUUUUUGUUUUUAUUGUAAAAUGAAAAAAGGUUUGUAGAAAUAUAUAUCGUUUUGUCAUCAGUAUCAACACUCUGGUAUCAUAUUGACACACAUUGAAAGAUAUGAAUCAAUAAUCAGCCUCUACAGCAAUGUAACUGAAGGAUGAAAAGUCACAAAGGUUUUUCUGCCAUCACAUAUAUUAUUUCUUUAAAACAAGGAUUACAUGUAUAGAACAGUCACAAUUUUGGACAUUUACAUAUACUUUAAGGAGACAUCGGACUGCACAUUAUAUGGCAAAAUGUGAACUUUACAGCCUGCAAAAAUGUUGCUAAACUUCACAUUUCCCCUCCCACCACAGCAGUUAACAGAUGGUGCAUCUUAGUUCCAUUAAAUGUUUGAUGCCUAUAUAACCCAAUAGUGUUAUCAUUUACCUCACAUACUCAUCUUGUUUUUGUGCUCCAAGCUUCAAAAAUGAUGAUGAACUAGAAGUGUUACGUUCUCCUUUUUCCUUCCUGAAUGACGGGACUGGACAAGACAUGAAUGGAGACAAUACUUUUCUGGGUUGUGUGAAAUGUAGAGUUGAACGUGUAAUGUUUCAAAGCAUUUAUGGAAGUUUGCUAUUUGUAUCUUGUGAAGGUUUGUGGAUUUGCAAGAGAUGUUAACAAGCCGCUAUUUUUUUUGUUGUUGUAAUCAUAGCACUUUUUUGUAAAUUGAAUGCCUUUAUUUCCUCCAAUACCUAUUUUUAAAACCUUUAUUACAAAUGUAUAUAUGAUAUAUUUAGCUCUUUUAGAGAACAGUAACAUGUAAAUACAAUAUAAAAUGUUUUAUUUUUACAGGUACAAUUUUGACAGUGUUUUCCUAUCAAAGUGUCAUUUUUGCUUUACUUGCACAAGUGUUCUGUGUAUCUCAUUGAGGGGUCUUUUAACAAAUAAUGUACCUUAAAUAGAUUUUUGUAGGCCUACUUUUUUGAAAGCUCUUCUUCGACUAUUCAACCGCUGGUUUAAGUGAGUGCACAGGCAGUAAUGAAGCUUAAAUGGAUGGUUAUAUAGCACUUAAAUUUAUCAUCUUGCCAUGGGUUCUUUAAUUAGUUAGGCAAAAAGACAAAUAAGAUAAACGUUCAAUAACUCCCAAGGUGAUUUUGUCCUCUUUUAUCAUCCUUUGACCUCAGUGUGAGAUUCUGAAAAAAAGAGAUUACUUGAUUUCUUAGUGGGUUCCGUCUGAAACCUGUUGCAUGAACAAAAAUAUUCCAAUCAGCUAACUGCAGUUUCAUCUUGAUUUAUAAGUCAUAUGGACUGUGUGACAGAAUCUAGGGAUUUGAUGUGUGGGAAAUAAAAGCAACACACUGUGGAUCAAAAUUCAAAGACAAAAAGCUCCACACAUUGCUAUCCGAUCAAGUUCAUAAUUCUAAAACUAAUCUAAAGUGUCCUGGGAAAAAAGAAACAGGAAAAACAGAAUGUCCCCCAUGGUCGUGUGGUGACCAGGACAUAGGAGGUACUCUUCAGUGAGAGGCACAGACCUUUAGCAAUUCAUGACAAACUCUUUAUAAGCUUCGGUGGUACCAGUGAACUUUAUUGAAUGUGUAUGUAAGAAACACUGCAAUAUAUUUUGGUAUUGGAUCAAGCUGCUAACAUACUUCAAGAGCUCCUUAAGGUGCUACAGACCUCUUUUCUAGUUCUGAAAUGUACCGUUUGUACAAAGUAUCCAGUUCAGCUGAAUAGUUGGUAUGUGUGUGCCUGGUUGUACUAUAUAGCUACAUAUAUUUUUGUUGUACUGUGACUUUUGUAGUCUUUUUACAGACUUGCCUGUAAAUCAUGCCCCCCCCCCCCACACACACACACACACACACACACAGACACACACCUGUGUGUUGUGGAAACUGAGUCAUUGAGGGAGAUUGCUCUGAGUGAAGUCACUCAGGAGAGAUGCUGAGCUCACGCUGAGAAAUGUGACUCAACCUGAUGUCGUUCAAAAUGAGUUGAGGAAGUUCAGAGACAAACUGCAUUCCAGCGAUGUUGGUUGUGUUAUUUGUUGAAUUUCAACAGUGCCAUCCUGUGACAGCGAUGGACUAAUUUCUAACUCAAUAUCUUACUUCAAAUCUAUUUUACAAACUACUGUUGUAUUUUUAUACAUUUAGGCCUCACAAGGCCUAAUGAGUAAUUCACAUAAACAUAUAUAAAUAAUUAUAUGUGUUUUAUAAGUUGUGUAAAAUAAAAAGUAAUGCUGCAGCUUUUAUCCUUUGUUUUUUUAAACAUUGACAUCAUCCAAAGAGGCAGAUUAUUUAUUUUCUGGCAGAAAAACCUGAUUUAAUUUACCAUACCUUGCUGCUAUGAGAGAGAAGAGCUGCAGUCUUCAACUCCAGUGUUUUUACACAAUGUAAUGAAAGUUCAAUAAACAUAAGAGAAGGAUGCAA